AUGACAGCCAUAACAAAAGAAUACCCUCUCCCCCUUCCCCAUCCUCCUGUCGCUAUUUCUCUUCCCCCUCCCCCUUCUCCUCUUUCCCUUCUCCUCUCCUCCCACUCCCCUCUGCUCAGUUCCCCUGCUCUUUUCGUUAUUCUCCCCUCCCCUCUUCUCUUCCACAUCCUCCUACCCCUGCUCUCCCUCCCAUCCUCCUCCCCUCCCCCUCCACUCCCCUCCACAUCCUCCUCCCUAUCCUCUUCCCUUCCCAUCCUUCCUCCCAAUCCAGUUCCCCAUCCCCACCCUCCUUUCUUCCCCCAUUCUCCUCCCCAACUUAUUCCCCACCCCAUCGUCCGUACUAUCAUCUUCCCCACCCAAUCGUCCGCGCCCUUCCAUCCGCGCUGCAAUCCUCCUACCCUUGUUUUUGUUUUCCCCUUCCCAUCUUCCUCACCUCCCCAUCCUCCUUCCCUCCCUCUCCUUCCCCCUCCUCCUCCCUCCCCAUCUGGAUACAUUGACUCAAUAUUCUCCAGUUUGCAAGUUCAAUUCUGCGUCGAAACCUUUGCAAAGGAUCCGAUAGAUCCUGGAGGUGGUACCUCUUAG